AUUUACAUUUCUUGACUUGAAAGGCCGGUGCAGUUGACUUGAAGUCUUCGUCUUCUCUCUCUCUCUCUCUCUCUCUAUGGUUUGAGCUUUUUAUCCACAAACUGUCGUCUUUCUUCCUGCAGAUAAUUUAGUAUAAUUAUUCUAUCGUUUGUCCGAAAAAAGCUAAAAAAGAAUAGUUCCAUAACAUAGCUAGAGUUUUGGGACAUGGGUUUGAAGAGGAUAUUGAUGGAUUAUAUUAGGAGAGUUGGAGAAACAAUGACCUCUUACCAUGAAGUUUUGGGUUCCAAGGGGAGUCGACUUGGCCCGCAGGAGAUCCGAAGGUUGAAUGAUGUGUAUCUAAUUUUUUGUGUAAUUGCGCUCUCACUGGAUCCGUUAUUCUGUUAUAUCCUUGUUUUUAAUGUUCAGAAGAAGUGCCUUAGAUUGGACACAACACUGGGGACUCCAGUCGUUGUUUUGCGGUUCCUUGUCGAUUUCUUAUAUAUAAUCCAUAUGGUUUUUCAAUUCCGUGCUGCUAUUGUUAGUCUUUCUUCUCAAGCUUCUGGAAGAGUUGAGUUGUUUAAAGAGAUGCGGGCAAUUGCAUGGAGAUAUUUGUUCUUCUACUUCCCGGCAGACGUAUUUGUGAUUCUUCCACUGCCACAGGUCCUCAUUUUUGCUAUUGUUCCAAAACUAAAUGCUUCAAGGGUUUUGGGUGCAACAAAAUCAUUGAACUUCAUAGUUGUCUUUCAAUAUGUGCUGAGGCUCCUUCGCAUCUGUUCCUUAUUGAAAAAAGUUACCAGUAAUUCGGGCAUCCUCGCUGGAACUGCAUGGGUUAAUCUCUUUCUAUACAUGCUUGCUAGUCAUGUUGUUGGAGCCUUUUGGUACCUGUUUUCUAUAGAAAGGAACGUAAGUUGCUGGAGUGAAGCAUGUCAAAAUCAUACCGGUGUACAUUGUUCUUUAUUUUGUGAUGACACCUUCGGAGCUAGAUCAUUUCCAAACGACUUUUGCUCUACAAAGAUGCCAAGCUCCACACCUUUUAAUUUUGGAAUAUACGCUGAAGCCCUUGAAUCCGGUGUUGUGAACGACUCAGCAGAUUUCAUAGAAAAGAUUUCUUACUGCUUUUGGUGGGGACUGCAAAAUUUGAGCUCCCUUGGUCAAGGCCUCAAAACGAGUACAUAUGUUUGGGAAGUCUACUACGCAGUUUUCGUUUCACUUUCUGGGUUAGUACUGUUGUCAUCUCUAAUUGGAAAUAUGCAGACAUAUUUGCAGUUGAAAACUGCAAGAUUGGCGGAUAUGAGAUCCAAGGAGCAAGAGAGAGAAUAUUGGAUGGCCUUUUAUACACUUCCCCCUCAUCUCAAGAAGCGUAUUCGGGAAUACCAAACAGACCAAUGGCAAGAAAACACAGGAGUUAGCAUGGAGAAUUUUUUUCUGAGUCUUCCCAGGGAUCUCAGGAGUGAUACGAAGCGCCAAGUCUGUUUGCCUCUGCUUAGGAGAGUGCCUAUGUUUGAGAAAAUGGAUGAACGACUAUUCUAUGCAAUGUGUGACCGUCUCAAGCCGAUACUAUAUACAGUGGCAACUUAUAUUGUUCGGGAGGGAGACCCAGUGGAUGAAAUGCUCUUCAUUAUGCGGGGCAGACUAUUGACUAAAACCAUAAUUGGUGGAAGAACAUGUUUUUUCAACUCUGCAUAUCUCGAGGCCGGGGCUCUUGAUCCCCACACAUCAGUUAAUCUUCCAAUCUCGACCAGAACUGUCCAAUCCCUUAGUGACGUUGAAGCCUUUGCUUUAAAAGCAGAUGACUUGAAGUUCGUAGCCUCCCAGUUCAGGCGACUUCACAGCAAGCAGCUCCGGCACACAUUCAGGUUCUACUCACAGCAGUGGAGGACUUGGGCAGCUACUUUUAUACAAGCAGCGUGGCACCGCCAUAUGAAGAAGAAGCUAGAAGAGUCUCUGCAGGAAGAGGAGAAUAGGCUGCAAGAUGCACUGGCCAAGGCUGUGGUCAGCUCCCCAAGUCUAGGGGCCACCAUUUAUGCCUCACGUUUUGCUGCUAAUGUACUGCGUAAUAUACGGCGUAGUGGUACGCGGAAGGCAAGGAUGCCAGAGAGAUACCGGCCAUGCUACUUCAGAAGCCGGCGGAGCCUGAUUUUACUGCUGAAGAGCAAUAAUAGAGAGAAGAAGGUUCACUGAAAACUUAGCUCUAUG